AAUAACGCCAUUUUGCAUGUCAAGGCGUAAUUAGUGCGGGCAAAAGGUGACAAAAGGGUCGCAUUCCGAAAAUCUUGCUCCUGGAGUCACGGAGCGUGAAGAGAUCAUUUUUCUAUUGAAUUAUAUUUAAUUAGUUUUUAAUGUACCGCUACGUCUCGAGAGGCUCAAAAAUUGGAAAAAGUUGAUUACGGGUACUGCUAGGAACGAAACAGUUUAAUUACACCAAAUAUUUAUACGACAUUACAGUAAAUAACAAAGCGGCCAUUAAUCAAUCCACCGUUUAAAAACGGCCAAUUAAUUCUAUGAACUAAUUUACUUAUCGUUACACAAAAAAUUCCAUAUUUCAUUGUCAGGCGACUAUCUAGGUGGAGCAUUUUCCUAAUUGGUGCAACUAUUGAAAAAUCAGCCGCACUUUCAGUUUUCUGGACGAAGCGUUGCGUAACUAAUUCUCGAAAUGGCAAACGAUUCGAAGGGGCUCUAAUCAAAUUUGUUGCAGCAAUUAUUUGAUUAAUGGUUCUAGAACGAAAUUUAUUUUUUUAAAUUGGACCGUUUUGUAAAAGUCUCGGCUACGGAAGAAUAGGAGGGGGUCACUCACUUCAAAGAUCCAAAGAAACUUGCGAUUUGCCGGUUGUUGUCCGCAUUCUAUGUCAAGACGUGAAGUUAAAUUAUACCGCGGCUCGCAUUAUCUUGUAAAUUUCGUUACAAAGUCGCUAGUUUAGUGAUGCAGUGCCAGUGAACAACCAAAAUGCAAAUCAUUGAACUGCAACAGAGUGAUUAUGACGAAGCUUACACGAAUGGGGUAAGUGUGAGCAAUGUGGACGUCGCCUAUCGCAAAAUUACCAAAACCUCGACAGCUUUCCUGAUAUGGCGCGUCGAAAACAUGAGUAUUGUUGCGGUCCCCCGGGACCAAUACGGGAUUUUUUACGACACGGAUUGCUACGUCAUUUUUGCGUCUUCCCCCUACGGACAACCAGUCGGGGUUGAUUCGGUGUCUCGCGAGGUUAAAGGAACUCCCCUGGAGUACCACAUCCACUUCUGGCUGGGUUGUUCCACAACUCCGGACAAGUCCGGAGUCGUCGCUUACAAAACCGUGGAACUGGAUAAUUUCCUCAACGGAACGGCAAUCCAGCAUCGAGAAACGCAAGGAAAUGAAAGUCCAAGGUUUAAGAGCUACUUCAAGAGCGGAUUUAGGAUUUUAACAUCGGAAUUUUCCUUAUUAACGCUCCCCAAGCUUUACAAAGUCAAGGGGAAGUGCACCCCCGUCCUGAUCCAAAUGGACAACAUCACCUGGGAGAAGUUCAACAGCAGCGAUAUCUUCGUCCUGCACACGCCCAACGUUUUGUUCGUUUGGGUCGGGAGGGCUUCAGACGCCGCGGAAAAAUUAAACGCAGCCAAACUGGCAACGGAAAUGAAAGAACAGUAUAACAUUGCAAAUAUUGUUUUUGUGGACGACGGUUAUGAAAAAACCCUGCAAGACGAUGAGAAAAAAGAGUGGAACAAAUGUUUGCCUUUGGAGAAACGGCACGUCCUACCUGAAAAUGAAUCCGAAACGCUGAAUUUUUUCCAAAGAUCGAACAACAUCCGACUUUACAAGUGUUCAGAGAACAACGGCAAGUACAGGGUGGCUGAAAUUAAGAGCGGGCCUUUGUAUCAAUGCGACUUGGACGCUGAUGAGGUUUUUAUAAUUGAUCAGGAGAUACACGGGAUUUGGAUUUGGGUCGGGAAGAGGGCCAGUGAUAAGGAACGAGGGGAAGCCCUCAGGAACGCCCGCGGUUUUGUUAAGAAAAAGAAAUAUCCCAACAACACUAACGUGACUCGAGUUGUUGACGGUUUCGAGUCUAGCGAAUUCAAAAUGCUCUUUUCCUUCUGGAAAGACGAAACUAACAAAGCCAAUGGUCGAGGCGGAAAACCGACCGUCUUGGUGUCAAAAUUCGACGCCGUGACGAUGGAGGAGCGCCCAAGUCUCGCUGCAGAAACGCAGCUUAUUGACGACGGUUCAGGAAGUGUGACCUUAUGGCGAAUAAAACAGCACAACCUGGUCGAAAUACCGAAAGAACGUCACGGUUUCUUUUUCAAUGGCGAUUGUUACAUUGUCUUGUACAGCUAUCAAACAUCAGCGGAAGAAAGACAUUUACUUUAUUACUGGUUGGGAUCCCACGCCACGCAAGAAGAAAUCACUUACACAAACGCCAAAGUGCUGGAGAUUGACGAAGAGUUGGGAGGGCUGGGGUUCCAAGCCCGUGUGAUCCAAGGGCGGGAACCUGCCCACUUUUUGCAACUGUUUAAGGGAAAACUGAUCGUGUUCAAAGGGAAAGGCACCGAUUUUGAUGAAUCCGGGCGUAAUUUGAAGCACCCGAUGCAGUAUUUCCUCCAAGUUUUUGGCUCCACUUUAGCCGGGAGUAAAGCCGUGCAAAUUCAGCCGAGAGCCUCGCACUUGAACUCGAACUAUUGCUACGUGUUUAAAAGAGGCAAACACGCGUUUAUUUGGUGCGGACAUUAUUCUACUGGAGACCAGAGGGAAAUGGCGAAAUUGUUCGCCGGCAAAGAUUUCGAGCUUGUGUUAGAAGGGAAGGAAAAGCCGGAAUUUUUCGACCUGUUGGGUGGGAAAGCGGUUUACGCGACACAGCUAGUGAGGGAUGAUGGGGACGUGCGACCACCGAGACUUUUCCAUUGUGCGAAAAUUAACGGUGUCUUGAGAGCGGAAGAAAUUUUCUUUUUCAACCAGAACGAUCUUCUACCCGAGAACGUCAUGCUGGUGGACUUUUUCACCGUGCUUUAUUUGUGGAUUGGGAAUUUGAGUUCAAAGGAAGACCAAAGACAGAGUUUGCUUGUGGCUCUUGAAUAUUUGCAGACUGAUCCUUGUGGACGAGACAUGAAUAUACCGAUAAUUCAAAUAAGUCAAGGAUAUGAGCCCCCAACGUUUACAGGAUUUUUCCCAUCGUGGGACAAUAAUUUAUGGAAGUCGUAUAAAUCAUUCGGUAAGCGGAGACAAGACAUAGAAAUGAAAAAUGCGAAAAUGAACGGGAAAGAAAUAAACGGUUAUCAGAAGACAUCAGGGCAUAGUGAUUUUGAUCAGUACGAUAAGUAUCCGUUAAAUAUCCUUAAGGAACCGAAUGAUAAGCUUCCUGCGAGGGUAGAUCCUUUAAACAAAGAGUUACACCUAACCCAUGACGACUUCGUCUCGGUUUUGAAGAUGACUUAUCUCGAGUUUGAGAAGUUGCCGCGUUGGAAACAGCAAGAGUUGAAAAAGCGUGCAGGACUUUUCUGAAUAAGGUUUCAUCUAAUGAUGGCGGCCAGCGAGUAGAAUAAGACGCAUUGUUUAUUUGUAAACUCAUUUAUUGUAACAUCGUUUAAUAAUUAUAAUAAAUAAACAAAUAUAUGACAAUUAUAACAAGAAACAAGAAUAAAUAGUUAUAAUAUAAG